AGAAUAUUUUUAGUCCGCCCGCGAGAGUAGUUUGUCGAAGAACAAAUACAGCAACAGCUACAGCUACAGCUCCAGCUACAGCCGGGAUGGAGGAUCUAACGGAUGAGGAGAACAAGUUCAUUGAGGAUGCAUUCGCUGUAAUGGACAAGGAGUCGGACGGCUCCGUCACCGCCAAGGAAUUGGCCGUCCUAAUGCGUUCCCUGGGCCGCUCGCCCACCGACAACGAGCUCCAGGCGAUGAUCAACGAGGUGGAUGCGGAUGGCAACGGCUCCAUCGAGCUGGAGGAGUUCGCCAGCAUGAUUAUACGCAAGAUGCACGACACGAACCAUGAGGACGAGCUGCGGGACGCCUUCCGCGUCUUCGACAAGGAGAACAAUGGCUACAUCACGUCAUCGGAGCUCAAGGUGGUCCUCACGGCCCUGGGCAUGAAGUUGCCCGACGACGAGAUAGAGGAGAUGAUUCGGGAGUACGACAUCGACCAGGAUGGCCGUCUCGACUUUGAGGAGUUCGUCAACAUGAUGACGACCCGUUAGCCCCGUCUUAAUGACGAGGGCUCUGCCGUUGACAUAUCUGUCAAAAAAGUUUAGUUUAAGGUUUC